CUCCUCCUGCUCCAGAAGCAAUUGAGUCUCCUGAGGAAGAUAUUUCCCCUAGCUCCUCCUCAAGAUGGAACUGAUCUGACUCCAGACUCCUUUUAGAAGCAGAAGAACGGUCUUCUCCCAUAUUGAGGCCUGGAGCCAUCAUGGCGGCAGGCGUAGCAGCAUGGUUGCCCUUUGCCAGGGCAGCUGCCAUAGGAUGGAUGCCAGUGGCUAACUGCCCUAUGCCAUUGGCCCCAACUGAGAAAAACAAGAGGCAGGAUGAGCUGAUCAUUCUGAAUGUGAGUGGGAGGCGCUUCCAGACCUGGAGGACUACACUGGAGAGGUACCCGGACACGCUCCUGGGCAGCACUGAAAAGGAGUUCUUCUUCAAUGAAGACACCAAGGAAUACUUUUUCGACCGGGACCCUGAAGUCUUUAGGUGCAUUUUAAACUUUUACAGAACUGGCAAGCUGCAUUACCCAAGGUAUGAGUGCAUCUCUGCCUAUGACGAGGAGCUUGCCUUCUAUGGGAUCCUACCUGAAAUCAUUGGGGACUGCUGCUAUGAAGAGUACAAAGACAGGAAGCGGGAAAACGCUGAGCGGCUGAUGGAUGACAAUGAUUCAGAGAACAACCAAGAAGGGUCCAUGCCGUCUUUGAACCUCCGGCAGACCAUGUGGCGAGCCUUCGAAAACCCCCACACCAGCACCUUAGCCUUAGUGUUCUACUAUGUCACUGGCUUCUUUAUUGCCGUCUCAGUGAUCACUAACGUGGUGGAAACCGUUCCAUGUGGCACGGUGCCUGGGAACAAGGAGCUUCCAUGUGGGGAGAGGUACGCCAUGGCUUUCUUCUGCUUGGACACAGCUUGCGUUAUGAUUUUCACUGUCGAAUACCUUAUGAGGCUCUUUGCAGCCCCGAGUCGCUACAGGUUCAUGAGGAGCGUCAUGAGCAUCAUUGAUGUGGUGGCCAUCAUGCCCUAUUACAUUGGCUUGGUGAUGACUAACAACGAGGACGUCAGCGGAGCCUUUGUGACACUAAGGGUUUUCAGGGUUUUCAGGAUUUUCAAGUUUUCACGCCAUUCCCAAGGCUUAAGAAUCCUGGGCUACACUCUGAAGAGCUGUGCCUCGGAGCUUGGCUUUCUUCUCUUUUCCCUCACUAUGGCAAUCAUCAUCUUUGCUACUGUGAUGUUUUAUGCAGAGAAAGGGUCUUCAGCCAGCAAAUUCACCAGCAUACCAGCUUCUUUUUGGUACACUAUUGUAACCAUGACAACCCUUGGUUAUGGUGACAUGGUGCCCAAGACGAUUGCUGGAAAGAUAUUUGGCUCCAUUUGCUCGCUGAGCGGAGUGCUGGUCAUUGCUCUGCCUGUCCCAGUUAUUGUUUCCAAUUUCAGCCGAAUUUAUCAUCAGAAUCAGAGAGCUGACAAGCGAAGAGCACAAAAGAAAGCCCGGCUUGCACGGAUACGAGUGGCCAAAACAGGCAGUUCCAGUGCUUAUCUUCACAGCAAACGCAACGGCCUGCUGAACGCAGCCUUGGAGCUGACGGGAUCUAGUGAUGAUGAGCAGCACAUCAGUAAAUCCACCUCGCUGAUCGAAAGCCAACAUCACCACCUGCUGCACUGCCUGGAAAAAACAACUGGAUUGUCCUAUCUUGUGGAUGAUCCCCUGUUAUCUGUACGAACUUCCACCAUCAAGGUUUAUAACAGUGAGGCACCACAGACUUCACCAGACUCACUUCAGGGAUACAGAUGUAACCAUGAGUUCAUAGAUGAGCAGCUGUUUGAGCAGAACUGCAUGGAUAACUCAAUGCAGAAUUACCCCUCCACUCGCAGCCCCUCAUUGUCGAGUAACAAUGGCGGGUCAACCUCCUGUUGUUCUCGACGCAACAAGAAGACGACUCAUCUUCCCAACUCCAACGUGCCAGCAACUCGCCUGCGGAGCAUGCAGGAGCUAAGCACGAUACACAUCCAAUGCAGCGAACAGCCAUCACUUACAACAAGUCGUUCCAGUCUCAAUAUGAAAUCAGACGACGGGCUGAGACCGAACUGCAAAACCUCCCACCUCACGACAGCCAUCAUCAGUAUUCCUACCCCACCGGCACUGACACCAGAAGGAGACAGCAGGCCCCCACCGAUCAACCCUCACCCCACUAUGAACAUUUCCACCACAUGCAGCAACGUAGUCAAGGUCUCUGCCUUGUAAGGUGGUGUCGUUCGAAGGAAGCAGCUGGAAUGCCGGCGUCUCUCCCCCUCCACACCUUCAUGUUCCUUUCUUGCUGCAAAUUGUGCCUGGAUGGACCAACCUGACAUUUCGUCAUAGAAUUAGCAAUGGAGACCUAACGAGGCAGCUUUCUUCAAACUUGCAUUCAUGCCAUGGACUGAGAAUAGAUGAGGAGCAGGAGGACGAAGUGGGUUGGAGAAAGGGUCUGUGUGUGCACGUGCCCGCGGAGAGCCUUGUUCCAGGAUAUGAAGCAGAAAAUUGUUCCUAGAGGCUAGAGAAAAAGAACCGUCAUGGCAACAAGAAAGUCAAUAAAGAAACAAAUAUAACACUGUGUAUCUCGGCACCUUUUUAAAGGUUUUUAAUGGAUAAUAUUUAUUCAUGUGGAAAUGACUGAAAAAGGUGAAAAAAAAACAAUGGAUUUUUGUGAUUUUUUUUUCUUCAUGGAGCAGAAUCUUUAAUCAACCAAAAUUACACAUUUUUUUUCUUUUCUAGAGAAAGAUUUAGACAAAGAAGACAGCUGUCACAGAAAUCUAUUUCCGUUUGCGCGCGUGUGUGUAUAUAUGUAUGUGUGAAAGAGAACCACAUUGCAACGACACACAAAAGUCUGAGCACAUUUUCUGGAUUUGGUGCACAGUUUCAAACUGACUGCACAAGCACAGUGGCACACGUGCGCGCACACGCCCCCCCACACAAAUAAAUCUUUCACCCUGGAUGGCAUUCUUUACUUAGAUGAUUUUGUAACCACCUUUUAAGUCAAUA